AUGUCUUCUUAUGAAAUAGGAACUCGCUGUUGGUAUCCUGACAAAAAGUUAGGUUGGAUCGGUGGUGAAAUUACUAAACAUGUUGUGUCUGAAGAUGGCAAGCACCACUUGGAAUUAACCUUAGACAAUGAAUAUUCAAGCUCUGAGCAACAAGAAGAUGCAGCUAGCGGUGACGACAACAAUAAAAUUGUCAAGAUUGUUGUAAACAAUCUAGAUGAAAAUGAAAAUGAAAACGAUAUUGUUGGAGACGAGUCCAACGCAAUUAAAAACCCAGGCGCAACACUGCCAUUGUUAAGAAAUCCACCUAUUCUAGAGUCUACUGAAGAUUUGACAUCAUUGUCUUAUUUGAAUGAACCAGCUGUUUUACAUGCUAUCAAAACUAGAUAUGCUCAAUUACAAAUUUACACUUAUUCUGGUAUUGUAUUAAUUGCUACUAAUCCAUUUGAUCGUGUUGAUCAACUAUACUCUCAAGACAUGAUCCAAGCCUAUGCGGGUAGGAGAAGAGGAGAAUUAGAACCACAUUUAUUUGCCAUUGCUGAGGAGGCCUAUCGAUUAAUGAAAAAUGAUAAACAAAACCAAACUAUUGUUGUUAGUGGUGAAUCUGGUGCCGGUAAAACUGUUAGUGCAAAAUAUAUAAUGAGAUAUUUUGCUACAGUGGAACAAUCUCAAAAUGCGGAAUUCAACGAUGAUGACCAUGAUGCUCUUGAAAUGAGUGAAACCGAAAAGAGAAUUUUGGCUACCAAUCCCAUUAUGGAAGCUUUUGGUAACGCCAAAACUAUUAGGAAUGAUAACUCUUCCAGAUUUGGUAAAUACCUAGAAAUUUUAUUUGAUAAAAAUAUAUCCAUUAUAGGUGCCAGGAUGAGAACAUAUUUAUUGGAACGUUCCAGAUUGGUUUUCCAACCGAAAACAGAAAGGAACUACCACAUAUUUUACCAGCUAUUGAGUGGGCUGACUCCAGAGGAAAAAACACAAUUAAAGUUGACGUCCAUCCAAGAUUAUCACUACAUUAAUCAAGGUGGCGAUGAUUAUACAAUUAAGGGUGUCAAUGAUGCUGAAGAAUAUCAAAUCACAGUUGAUGCUUUAUCAUUAGUUGGUAUUUCCAAAGAAACUCAAUUUGAACUGUUUAAAAUAUUAGCUGCCCUUUUACACAUUGGGAACAUUGAGGUUGUUAAGACCCGGAAUGAUUCUUCUGUCAAAUCUGAUGAUCCAAAUUUGUUAACAGCAUGUGAAUUAUUGGGGGUGGACCCGUACAAUUUUUCAAGAUGGAUUGUUAAGAAACAAAUCACUACAAGAUCCGAAAAGAUUAUGUCGAACUUGAGCUAUCAACAGGCUUUAGUUGCUAAGGAUUCUGUAGCCAAAUUUAUUUAUUCUGCUCUAUUUGAUUGGCUUGUUGAAAACAUCAAUGUUGUAUUAUGUGAUCCCAAUAUUGAAGAUCAGGUGAAAUCCUUCAUUGGUGUUUUAGAUAUUUAUGGGUUUGAACAUUUUGAAAAAAAUUCUUUUGAACAAUUUUGCAUUAAUUAUGCCAAUGAAAAAUUGCAGCAAGAGUUUAACCAGCAUGUUUUCAAAUUAGAACAAGAAGAAUAUGUUAAGGAAAAGAUUGAAUGGUCUUUUAUUGAAUUUAACGACAACCAACCAUGCAUUGACUUGAUUGAAAAUAAAUUGGGUAUUUUAUCAUUAUUAGAUGAAGAAAGUAGAUUACCGGCUGGUUCUGAUGAAAGUUGGAUCCAAAAAUUAUAUCAAACUUUGGACAAACCACCAACCAACAAAGUUUUCUCUAAACCAAGAUUUGGCCAGACCAAAUUUGUUGUUAAACAUUAUGCCCACGAUGUCGCCUAUGAUGUCGAAGGCUUUAUCGAGAAGAAUAGAGACACCGUUUCGGAUGGCCACUUGGAAGUUUUGAAAGCGUCCACAAACGAAACUUUAAAAGACGUUUUGGGUACCAUUGAGAGAAAUGCUGCUAAAAUAGCUGAAAAGGAAAAGCAGGAACAGAACGAAAAUAAUAACAAUGCGGCCAAGAAGCGAGUUGUUCCAGUCAGAACCAUAAAUAGGAAGCCAACUUUGGGUUCGAUUUUCAAAGCUUCUUUGAUUGACUUGAUGAAGACUAUAAAUACAACAAAUGUUCAUUAUAUUCGUUGUAUUAAGCCGAAUGAGGAAAAAGAAGCCUGGAAGUUCGAUAAUUUAAUGGUUCUAUCCCAAUUGCGAGCUUGUGGUGUUUUAGAAACGAUCAGAAUUUCAUGUGCUGGAUUUCCUACCAGAUGGACCUAUGACGAAUUUGUCCUAAGAUAUCAUUUAUUGACACCUUCCAAGUUUUGGACUUCUUUAUUUUCUACUGAUGUUUCUGCGAGCGACAUCAAAAAAUUGACCAAAAAAAUUUUAGAAUAUACAAAAACUGAACCUAAAAAGUAUCAAUUAGGGCUAACUAAGGUUUUCUUCAAAGCUGGUAUGUUGGCCAGUUUGGAAAAACUGAGAAGUGAUAAGUUAAAUACCUCGAUUGUUAAGAUCCAAAAGAAUAUUAGGGCCAAGUAUUAUCGUAAAUUAUAUUUACAAAUAUUGGAUUCCAUUAAAUUUUUACAAAGUUAUUCUGCUGGGUUUUAUACACGUAAACUUAUUGAUAUGCAAAUUAAAACACAUCUGGCUUUGUUGGUACAAUCUCAACUUAGAGGUUCUGUAGUUAGAGGUAAUGUUAAGGACACGUUAGAUUCCAUUAUUAGACUUCAAAGCAUUGUUAGAAUGCAAGUAGCCAAAACACAAUUAUUAGAGAAGCGCAGAUACGAUGCAGCUAUAGAAAUCCAAAAAAGAGCAAGGGCUUUUAAACCAAGACAAAAAUACAUAAAAAAUAAAAAACAUACCGUUGUUAUUCAAUCACUGAUUAGAAGGAAAUACGCUCAAAGAAAAUUAACUAAAUUAAGGGCUGAAGCAGAAUCUGUCAAUAAUUUGAAGGAGGUUAGUUAUCAGUUAGAAAAUAAAGUUAUCCAACUAUCGAACUCAUUAGCUUUAAAGAUUAAGGAAAACAAGGAGUUGAAUUUACAAAUAACUGGUUUACAAGAGUCUUUACAAAGCAAUGCUAAUUUGCAAGAAGUUUUGGAAUUAGAAAGAGAAACGCAUAGUAAAAAUAUUAAUGAAUUAAAUGAAAAACAUACAUCUAGACAUUCAGAGUUGCAAGAAAAGAUUACCGCUGCCAAGCGGGAAAUGGACGAUGCUAAAGCUGAAAUUGACUCUUUAAAAAGCCAUAAAGAGGAAUUGAAGAAAGAAGUGCAAGAUAAAUUGAAUGAGUUAAAUGGAAUUAAAGACCAACUAACUAGCUCUAGAACACAGAACAGUGAUUUACAGAAUGAAGUUAAUUCUUUGAAGGAUGAGAUUCAACGAUUACAAAAAUCAUUAACUGAUAGUAAUGCUGCUGCUGCUGCUGCUGUCACUGCUGCAGGCGGAACUUCCAGGUCUGUUUCAACGACUGCUAGUGGUUUAUACAAGACUAGCACGUCUAACACUACUCUGCCUCAUGACGACAGGAGGUUUAGCGUCGCUGCUUCCAGCUCCAAUUUCAUUGACAGUUCAUCUCCGACUCAUAAUAGUGUUCAAAACGAGUCUGCUGAUGCUGAAUCAUUUGAUAAUAGAUCAAUUAAUAGUGUCUUGUCUCAAAUCAAUGAUGAGUUGUAUAAAUUAUUUGAUGAUACUAAAGCUUUGAAUGAUGAGAUUGUUGUUGGUUUGUUGAAAGGAUUUAAGAUUCCAGAAACUGGUGUUGCUGUUGAGUUAACUAGAAAAGAGGUUUUAUAUCCUGCUAGAAUUCUAAUUAUUAUUUUGAGUGACAUGUGGAGGUUAGGUUUGACAAAACAGAGUGAAAUUUUUCUAGCUGAAGUUUUAUCUACAAUUCAAAAAUUGGUUACCGGCUUGAAAGGUGAUGACUUAAUUUUGAAGGGUGCAUUUUGGUUGACCAAUGUCCGUGAAUUGUAUUCCUUUGUUGUAUUUGCUGAGAAUUCCAUUUUGAAUGACGAUGCUUACAACAGCGGGUUAAAUAAGGACGAGUAUGAAGAAUAUGUUAAGUUAGUAGCCGAACUAAAAGAUGAUUUUGACGCAUUAAGUUAUAAUAUCUAUAAUAUUUGGGUUAAAAAGUUACAAAAAGAUUUGGAAAAGAAGGUUGUUUCAGCUGUUGUUUUAUCACAAUCAUUGCCUGGAUUCGUCGCUCAAGAAAAUAUUGCUUUUUUGCCCAAAUUAUUUAAUCAACAGCAACAUUACAAGAUGGAUGAUAUAUUAACAUUUUUGAACAAUAUUUAUUGGUCAAUGAAGACUUAUCAUGUUGAAACAGAGGUUUUCCGUGAGGUUAUUAUGACUUUAUUAAGGUACAUUAACGCGGUUUGUUUUAAUGAUUUAAUUAUGAAACGUAAUUUCCUAUCUUGGAAACGUGGCUUACAGUUAAAUUAUAAUGUUACCAGAUUAGAAGAAUGGUGUAAAUCGCACUAUAUACCUCAAGGUACCGAAUGUUUGGAACAAAUGUUACAAGCAGCCAAAUUGUUACAAUUGAAAAAAGCCACUAUAGAGGAUAUUAAAAUUAUUUGGGAAAUUUGUUCAUCAUUAAAGCCAAUUCAAAUCCAAAAAUUGAUUACUCAAUAUGCAGUUGCUGAUUAUGAAGCUCCAGUGCCUCAAGAAAUUUUAAAUUUUAUUGCUGAAAGGGUCAAGAAGGAGGCUGCUUCUAACGAUAAAUCUCAUGGAAGUGAUAUUUUCUUAACUGUAAACACUGGUCCAUUUAAAGAUCCAUACAAUUCAUUAGAAACACGUGAAUUCGGUAAAAUUGAGGCUUAUAUUCCUGCUUGGUUGAAUUUACCAAUCACUAGAAGAAUUGUCGAGCUAGUCACAAAACAUGUUAGUGUGCAAGAACAAGAAAUGAUUUGA